UAACGUAAGCGUCGACACGUUACGCCUAGCUCGAGACGUCACCGCGCAACAUUCGGAGCAGUGCGUCGAGUUGCAGUCGUCGUUUGUUUUGUUAAGAAGCACAGGCAGGGGUCUGGAUGGCUAGUUGUGGUGAAGUUGACCAUACAGUGAACAUGCUUUCCAGUAACAGAAAGGUGAAUGAGCCUUGUUCGAGUGCAGCACCUGCUUUAACAGUUCCUGAAUGUGCAAUAUGCUUGCAAACAUGUGUUCACCCUGUUAGACUACCAUGUAGACAUAUUUUUUGCUACCUUUGUGUGAAAGGAGCAUCAUGGCAAAGCAAGAGAUGUGCUUUGUGUCGGCAAGAAAUUCCAGAAGACUUUCUUGACAAGCCUACUUUACUCUCUCCUGAAGAACUCAAGGCAGCUGGAAGAGGGAAUGGGGAAUAUGCAUGGUACUAUGAAGGCAGAAAUGGCUGGUGGCAGUAUGAUGAGCGUACUAGCAGAGAACUGGAGGAUGCUUAUGGGAAAGGUAAAAAGACCACUGAAAUGCUUAUUGCAGGAUUUUUAUAUGUAGCGGACUUGGAGAACAUGGUUCAAUACAGACGAAACGAGCAUGGUCGUCGUAGAAAAAUUAAACGGGACAUUGUAGAUAUUCCCAAAAAAGGUGUAGCAGGACUCCGAUUAGACAGUGACUCCAGUGCUUUACAAGCUGCUCGGGAGAAUUCAGCUGAUGGAGCAGAUAUCACAUCGGUAACAUCAGUAGUGGUACCUCAGGGUGCCUCUUCUGCACGACCACCUACUUCAUUAGGUGGUCAGCCAACAAGUCCUUCGACCCCGUCUUCUGAUGCCAGUAGUUCUUUAGAAGCCUCCUUUUCCCAGUUACAGAUUACUGAUCAAAACACAAUUGAGCGUGGGCACAAUGGUGAGGGAGAAGAGGUAGAAGAAGACGUGGCUUUGUCUCAUGGCUCAUCAGCCCCAAAUACUUCUGUGGAUGAAUCAGAAGCAGAAAUAAGUUCCGAAGACAGUGCGAAUGAUGGAGAGGAGGAACUGAUAGACAGCCAAGUUCAACACAUCCCAAGCAGGAGGCAGAGACUUAAUCAUCCUACUCGAACUCAGGAGUACCAGGUUGACAGGCCCGCUCCAGGUGGAGAGAGUGUAAACAGCAGAGGCGUUCAAUCCAGAAGACCGGAUGGACAGUGCACUGUAACGGAGGUCUAAGCAGUAAACAGUCUGCUGCAACCUUGUACUGGAAUGGUAGCUGAGGUUAUCGGCUUGAGUUGCACUUGGUAACAAGCAAGAUUAACAUUUUUUUUUCUUCUUAUUUUUAAAGUUUUAACAGCACUCCCUUCAUUUAAAUUUAACUACAGAAUCAAGUUUCAAGGAGGCCUCUAGGAUGUAGCCACAUGCAAAUGAGAUAAUUAUGGCUGAUUUUUUUUCAGCUAUUUGAAACUGUAUUGUCAGCAAAAAUAUUUUUUUUAUGCUACCACGGCCCAGAUAAAUCUGAAGUCUAAUUAGUGCGUUCCAUAAACAAAGCAUGGUCUUUGGAUGUUAAAAUCACUUUAUUGUAAUAUGCUUGUCUGUAUCAUUACUUGUGCAUGUGUUGUUGUAAUAUUAAACACUAAUGGCAAAAAGAUAGUGUUCAUUAAAGGCAGUCUGUGAUCAAUUUGUAUGUAAUAAAAAAUGGAUGUAGGUUUUGUGAUUGGCUCUGGUGGAUGUCUGAUUAGCCUACAUGCCUAAAAUGUUGUCUCUCUUUCUUGUUUUUGUUUUGAAGUCAUUCAUUGUAAUUUUUAAAUUUUGUACCAGAAUCCAUAACUACACAUCCCCUUCCAGCCUAGUCGUCUUAGUUUUAAAAUUGACUUAUUUUGCUGUAUUUUUUUUUGCUUUAUUAUAUUUUGUUACAGAAUUUGUAAGUUAUAAAUAAAGUAUUUGUCAGUUUACCAACCCAAAA